GACUCAUUUUGUUUGCUGGGACAAUCUGUCAUUGUUUUUUUGCCGGGUCCUCCAGAUUCCGCGUGCAAGUGGAAAAUUCAGCUCAAUUUCAGUUGAUUUAGUACCUCCGUAGUGUCCAGAUCACUAGCAGAGCAUCAUGUCCAAGCCUACAUUCAAAGUUGCCGAUAUGUCCCUGGCGGACUUUGGGCGCAAGGAAAUCAUGCUGGCGGAGAAUGAGAUGCCCGGAUUGAUGGCAUGUCGCAAGAAGUACGGUCCGCAGAAGAUCCUCAAAGGAGCCCGCAUUGCUGGAUGCCUCCACAUGACCAUCCAAACUGCUGUCCUCAUUGAGACGCUCGUGGAACUCGGAGCUGAGGUUCAAUGGUCCAGUUGUAAUAUUUUCAGCACUCAGGAUCAUGCUGCUGCAGCUAUUGCUGCUACUGGUGUUCCCGUUUAUGCAUGGAAGGGUGAGACAGAUGAGGAGUAUUUGUGGUGCAUCGAACAGACCCUUGUCUUCCGUGAUGGCCAACCGUUGAAUAUGAUCCUCGACGAUGGAGGUGAUUUGACGAAUCUUGUGCAUGAGAAAUAUCCGCAGUACUUGAAGGGAAUUCGUGGGAUUAGCGAGGAAACCACAACGGGUGUCCACAAUCUGUACAAGAUGUUCCAGAAUGGGAAGCUCACGGUGCCAGCAAUUAAUGUCAAUGAUUCCGUGACAAAGAGCAAAUUCGACAAUCUCUACGGCUGUCGUGAGUCCCUAAUUGAUGGCAUUAAGCGUGCCACAGACAUUAUGAUUGCCGGGAAGGUUUGCGUGGUUGCGGGGUAUGGAGAUGUGGGCAAGGGAUGUGCUCAAUCCCUGCGCGCCUUCGGUGGACGUGUCCUCAUCACGGAAAUUGAUCCCAUUAAUGCCCUCCAGGCUGCCAUGGAGGGUUACGAGGUGACAACAAUGGAUGAAGCCAGCAAGGAAGCUACGAUCUUUGUCACCUCAACUGGAUGCGAGGGCAUCAUUGAGGGGCAUCACUUUAUGAAUAUGAAAGAUGACUCCAUUGUCUGCAACAUUGGGCACUUUGACUGCGAAAUUGAUGUUAGCUGGUUGGAGAAGAAUGCCACAGAGAAGGUCAACAUUAAACCCCAAGUUGAUCGCUACACUCUUGCCAAUGGGAAUCACGUCAUCAUCCUCGCUGCUGGGCGGCUCGUGAAUCUGGGUUGUGCCACAGGACAUCCGAGCUUUGUCAUGUCCAAUUCCUUCACAAAUCAAGUCCUGGCACAAAUUGAACUUUGGACAAAGAGCGAUGUCUACAAGGUUGGUGUUCACAUGUUGCCAAAGAAAUUGGAUGAGGAAGUAGCAGCGCUACAUCUCGAAAAGCUUGGCGUUAAAUUGACAAAGCUCACGGAGAAGCAGGCUAAAUACCUCAGUGUUCCCCAGGAGGGACCUUUCAAGCCUGAUCACUACAGAUAUUGAGGAAUUUUUUGGAUUUUCACAAAAAAAAAUGUAAAAAAAAAGAAAUUGUUCACAUUAUUUUUUAGUUGAAUAAAAAGGUCUUUUUUUUUUUAAAAA